AUGGCGCGUUCCUCCGUUCUCCCUAUGUGCGUCCUGGGACUUCUCGCCCUCGCCUCGGCCCUCUCCUCCGCCUGCUACAUCCAGAACUGCCCCCGGGGAGGAAAGAGAGCCUUGGCCGAGACUCAUGGACUCAGACAAUGCAUGUCAUGCGGCCCCGGGGAAAGAGGCCGUUGCUUCGGCCCCAACAUCUGCUGUGUGGAGGGAUUUGGUUGCAUUCUGGGCUCUCCAGAAACAUCUCAAUGUGUUGAGGAGAACUACCUGAUGACUCCCUGCCAGACUGGGGGGCGACCCUGCGGACGCGAAGGGGGCCACUGUGCUGCUUCGGGAGUCUGCUGUAACUCUGAGAGCUGUGCAGUCGAUUCCUCCUGCCUGGGGGAGUUUGAGAUGGAGGAUCCAGCUCAAACCUCAGCAGGGAGAUCACCUGCAGAGGUGCUUCUGCGCCUUCUCCAUGUAGCCACCAGAGGACAGACUGAGUACUGA